AUGGCAGAAUACUACGACGAUAUACCAAACGCACUGCCCGAAGAUUCUUUGCUUAAUUCGUUGUUCGAGGAUUACUUCAACUACAAGCAUUUUAAGAACAAGAUGCAAAGAAAUGCAGUUGUUAAAAUAUUAAAAAGAGAAUCCGACGUGAUUGUUUCGUUACCAAAGGGGCACGGAAGGACUACAUGCUUUCAACUUCCUAUAGUAAUAUGCCCGCAAAAGGUCUCAAUAGUUGUUGUCGGUGUAUCGUCACGGAUUGAAAAGCAAAUGUCCCGUUUGAAUCGUAGACAUGUUCACGCAGAAAAAAUUCAUGCUGGGAUGUCUUCGGAAGAAUAUGAUGAUAUAAAAAGCACUAUAAAUGAUUUAUCCAAUAUAAGAAGUACUCUAAAUAGUAUACUCUAUGUGACACCCGAUGUAGUCCUUACUGCCAACUUCUACAACUUGUUGCGCCAUUUAAAUAACAGUAAUAGUUUAGGGUAUAUAGUCGUUGACUUAUCGUAUUGUGAAAAUGACUGGUCAAGAGGCAUAACAAAGGAGAGUUAUGAAUUAGGUUUACUCAGAAACGAAUUUAUGAAUACAUCUUGGGUUGUCACAUCCGAAAAAGUCAGUUCUGAAUUUGUCAAUAACAUCAAAUCUACACUGCGUCUUAGAACUCGAAGGGCUGAUAUCUCCAGGGAUGCUAUACCUUGGUUUUCUAUGGAUAUCGAAGGUGAUGACCGACAAAUGUAG